AUGAAUGUGCCCGUCAACUACGCAGCCACGCCGCUGCUGCACCACGCUCCCUCUUCUCUCGCCUCGAACAAAGAGCUGCCGGCCAACGCUCCCACCAAGCGCCUGAACCUGUACCAGUCCAUCAACUCGGCUCUGCGGACUGCCCUGGCUGCUGACGAGCGAGUGUUGCUGUUCGGCGAAGAUGUUGCAUUUGGUGGUGUCUUCCGCUGCUCUGUCGACCUGCAGACCGAGUUCGGAUCCGAGCGAGUCUUCAACACACCGCUGACAGAGCAAGGAAUUGUCGGGUUUGGCAUUGGAGCCGCUGCUGAAGGCCUCAAGCCUGUAGCCGAGAUUCAGUUUGCGGAUUACGUCUUCCCGGCUUUUGACCAGAUCGUCAACGAGGCGGCCAAAUUCAGAUACCGUGAGGGCAGCACCGGCGGCCAUGUUGGUGGGCUCGUCAUCCGAAUGCCGUGCGGUGGUGUUGGCCACGGUGCUCUGUACCACUCGCAGUCGCCCGAGGCCCUCUUUACCCAUGUUCCCGGCAUGCGUGUUGUCAUUCCUCGUUCCCCCACGCAGGCCAAGGGUCUCCUGCUCAAUGCUAUCCUGCACUGCAACGACCCGGUCAUCUUCAUGGAGCCCAAGAUUCUGUACCGUGCUGCAGUCGAGCAUGUCCCAACUGAGUCGUAUACUUUGCCUAUUGACAAGGCGGACGUUAUUAAGCAGGGAGCUGACGUUACUGUCAUCUCCUACGGCCAGCCACUUUAUCUCUGCAGCCAAGCCAUUGCUGCGGCUGAAAAGGACUUCAAGGGCGCAACCGUUGAGCUCAUCGACCUCCGUUGCGUCUACCCCUGGGACCGUGAGACAGUGCUCAACAGUGUGCGUAAGACCGGUCGUGCUAUCGUCGUGCACGAGUCCAUGAUGAACGGAGGUGUCGGUGCCGAGGUAGCUGCCAGUAUCCAGGAAGGCGCUUUCUUGAGUCUCGAGGCUCCUGUCAAGCGUGUCACCGGCUGGGAUAUCCACACAGGACUUAUCUACGAGCGUUUCAACAUGCCAGACGUUACCAGUAAGCUUCUCUAUAGUAGCAAUGUUGCUUUAGCUACAUCAUAA